AUGAGGUUUGAUCUAAUUUCACACGCCUGUGAUGUUGUCCGUGUACUUAUAGUCGUUAAUGUCCUUUUUGUUGUCGUUAAUGUCCUUGGUGUUCUUAAUGUCCUUGGUGUUCUCGUUAAUGUCUCCGGUGUUGUUCAUGUCCUUCGUGUUGUCGUUAAUGCCCUUGGUAUUGUUAAUACCCUUGGUGUUUUUAAUGUCCUUGGUGUUGUCGUUAUUGUCCUUGGUGUUGUUAAUGUUCAUGAAAUCGUUGAUGUUUUUGCUGACGUACUUGUUGAUGAGAUAAGUGUUGCUGCUGAUGUUCUUGGCUUUAUUGAUGUGCUUGUUGUUACUGAUGUACUUGUUAUUGAUGUGCUUGUAAUAGAAAUUACUGACGUGUCUGUUGUAGAUUGUGUGCUUAUUUUUGUAGGUGUAUUUGUUAUUGGUAUUAUUGUUGUGCUUGUUGUUGUAGAUGUUGAUGCUGAUGACGUACUGGUAGUUGAUGAUGUUGAUACACUUUUAGUAGAUGAUGACUGGCUUGUAGAUGAUGUUGAUGUGCUUGUUGUAGAUGUUGAUGUACUUGUAGAUAAUGUUGAUGUGCUUGUUGUAGAUGUUGAUGUGCUUGUAGAUGAUGUUGAUGUACUUGUUGUAGAGGUUGAUGUGCUUGUAGAUGCUGUUGUGCUUGUUGUAGGUGAUGUUGUGGUGCUUGUUGUAGAUGAUGCUGAAGCCCUUGUUGUAGAUGAUGUUGAUGUGCUUGUAGAUGCUGUUGUAGAAUAUGUUGAUGUGCUUGUUGUAGAUGAUGUUGAUGUGCUUGUAGAUGCUGUUGUGCUUGUUGUAUAUGAUGUUGUUGUGCUUGUUGUCUGUUGUGAUGAUGUUGAUGUGCUUGUGGUAGAUGUUGAUGUGCUUGUUGUAGAUGAUGUUGAAGCCCUUGUUGUAGAUGAUGUUGAUGUUCUUGUAGAUAAAAUUGAUGUGCUUGUUGUAGAUGUUGAUGUGCUUGUUAUAGAUGAUGUUGGUGUGAUUGUAGUAGAUGCUGAUGUACUAGAUGUGAUUGUUGGUGAUAUAGUAACUGAUGACGUACUUGUAGAUGUUGAUGUACCUGUUGAUGCUGAUGUUCUUGUAGUUGUGCUUGAUGUACUAGUUGAUGCUGCUGAUGUGCUGAUUGAUGUACUUGUUGAUGCCGGUAUACUUGUUGAUGUUGAUAUAAUAGUUGAUGUACUUGUAGAAGUUGAUGCCUUUGUUGAUGUACUUGAUGUACCUGGUGAUGUACUUGCUGAUGUUGAUGUGCUUGUUAUUGUUGAUGUACUUGAUGUUGAUGUACUUGUUAAUGUUGAUGUACUUGAUGUUGAUGUACUUGAUGAUGAUUAUGAACUUACUUGUUGA